UGCGAUUUUAAAACCGCGUUGCCAGCACGAUGGCCGACGCGCCCGACUUCUUCAGCGGCCGCGGGCUGCAGUUCACGGACGACGUCUUCAAGUCUGUCGAGUCGUACAUUGAAGACGGCGCGCAGCAGCUGGAGCGCAAGCUCGUGCAAUCCAAGGGCACGGUGGUCACGAACGCCGAGGCCCAGUCGAUCCACAACGGCACGAGCGAGUACAUGCAGCUCGUGAGCCGGUCGUUCACCAAGAACUUUGACAAGUUUGAGCUCUACAUCCUCCGCAAUGUGUUCGUGGCGCCGGCCGACAUUGCCGAGAUCCAGCAAAAGUACCAGCACGAAGUCGACGCGAGCUUUACGGACGCAGCGCAGUGGAGCGAGGCCGACGUGAGUGCGCUCGAGCUCGAGUUGCACCAGCUCCGCCAGCAGAUCCAAACCGCGACCUUGAAGCAGGAGCAAUUGCACGCCGCGCAGGUCGCCCUCGACGCGCAAGUCACCAACGUCGACGAGCUCUGCCGCAGCCUGCAGUUUACAGAGGGCAUGUCGGAAACCGUCGCACCGUUCACCCAUCAAAUGGUGUCGUCGGCGACGGGUCUUCGGGACGUGAUCGGCACCAUGCGCGAGCUGCACCAUCAGCUGCACACGGCCCCCGGGCGGCGAAGCGAUGUGCCGUCAACGACCAUUGACCCCUACGACGACGUCGCGGCUCAAUUUGCGAGCCAUCGCGCCGCCGUGCGCAUCUCGUCUGUGGACGACGUGGCGCAGGUCCAAGCGCGGCUGCAGUCCUCCGCGUAGAAUUUGUGCACAAAAUAGUCUUGUCUAGCAAAUCUCGUAUUUCUUACGCGUCUUGAACGCUGCCUUCCAGAAGCGUAUGGCGGUGGAGUAAGAUCUGGUUGAGAAACUC